CUCUGAUUGGUUUAGCAUAGUCUUUUAGCGGGAAAUUUAGUUACAAACCAAUAUCAAAAUGCAGAAUGGAAAAUAUUUUGUCGUAGCUCUUUGUUUUGUUCGUGGAAAUCUGUCUUUAUCUGACAAAAUAAAAUUAAAAAUACCUGGCCAGGUAAAAAGACUCUUUUGAAUAAUUUUUUUUACGUAGUACAAAACUUAUUAUUAGUGCGAAAUAUCAUUUUUCUGGCAUUUGUGUGGAAUUUAUUAGUGCAAUUGUUACCCAAAUUCGCAGUGAAAAGUUUUUUAUUCUGCUUGCUUUUGUUCUCGCACUUUUAAGGUGGCUUUUUGUAUUUUUUGAUAACGGUUGAUUUUCUUUUGAUUUGAUCAUCAUGUUUCAAUAGAUUACUCAACGUGAACGAUUUCCAUUUUUUAAUAACUAACACAAAUGACAGAAUAAGAUCGCUAAGGGUGCUUGUUUAACGGAGACUUUGGCGGGACUUUUAAAUUUAAAUCAAACCAAAAAAUGUAUAUUCAAGUAAGACGUAUUUUUUGUAUGCCAGCAAAAGAAAAACUUAUAUUUUAAAAACAAACGAAUGAGCUCCCUUUAAACACGCCUUGUUUUCGACGGACGAGGUUUUAUCUGAAAGGGGCGUUUAUUUGGCAGAGGGCGUUUAUUCAAUCGUUUUCUAUGAAUAGUAUUUAGGUUGUAUUAUGGAGAGUCAAGUACGCAACAGACACCACUCUGAAGAGCAAUUGUAAUUUGAUUUUUAAAUAUAUUCUUGAGGAUUUCUUUACACUAAAUUCCAUAAAAAGCAAAAUCUUGAAAAACUUUGAAGUGCCGCGAGUUUCUGUCAAUAUAACCAAAAAAUCUAAUUUAUUUUUUGGCGUGCUAAUUUCUUUCGUAAGAUUUUAACAAGUUUGCGUCAAAACCAACCUCAGUCUCGGGUUGUUUUAUUCACAGCAUCACAUAGUGAAUAACGCCUUGGGAACGAAAUUGAAUCAAAGACAACCUACUCGUUUUUGAGCUGAAUUUCUUGAGUUUCCUGUGAGUUUUUUUUUCUAAUACAAUGGAGAAACUUGUCACAAUAAAUAUUCUAGUGUUACUGAGAAGUUUUUUUAAGAAGAAAAUAACUGUAACAUAAGUUGUUCCACUACUAACUAAAAUUCAAAUCUCUUUAAACAAACAAUUUAAAAUUAAGCCUCAGGUAAUUAUUCCGACUGUAUUUUCGACCAACCUGGAUUCUAGGUUGUCAAAGAAUUACAUUCAGAUAGGGGAUAAAAAGACAUGAAAUCAAAGUUGUCUCACUAAAAGUAAUAACAUGCAUCUAUUAACUUGUUAGUUUAAAUGCUUGAUAGAUAAGAUGCUAUCGCAAAUUUAUUUAUUUUUAUCUUUUCCUCUCUCUAUCCAAGCAUUUAUAAUCCAUCUAAAAUCAGCUAACGAUCUUACGUACAUCAGAGCGAUGAAAUUUCUUCAAUAGCUAACCUUUUUCUUCAAACCCGUUACAAUUAAGUUUUUCCCACAUAGGAGUUUUAUGACGCACAUAACAUUGUUGAGGCAGUUAACUGAUAUCCUCAGGAACGAAUAGCUCUAUAGUGCUUGAAGGCAAUAGAGAAAAAAUCUCUUUCGAAAUAUCCAUAAUGUUAAGGAGAUAUGAGAAGAUUACGUGCUGCGCGACUUUUGUCAACGUAGAGCAUCAUUGGUUUGAUUCUUGUGUAUGACAACUUUCACUUCAAUUCCCUUAUCCAAAGUUACCUAUUGUGUUAAUUCUUGUUUUGUGUUGAGUUAAAUGGUUCUUUCAAUUCCAUGAAGUAGUUUGACUAGCGCUUGACAAUUAUUUUAUAAUAAGUUAGAGAUUGUUGAUUGUGUUUUUGUUGUUCAUACAUUCGUACAACGGUUUAAACAUUUAUCAGCUCGAUGUUGCAGGAUAUGGAGGUGACUACAUUUGCACUCUUUUGUGACAGGUAGGUUUUAUUUUUACCGACAGAAUUGCAACAACGUCUCCUUUGUUGACGUCGUUGUUAUGCACUGGUUAUGGUUACUACCACUGCGUGCUGGUUGCUAUGGAGGACCCAUCAUGUCAACUUAUAUUUUUUUGCUUGUUCAUUCAAAACUUUAGUUUUGUCUAUCGUCAUUAUUCUCCAAUACUAAUUAUAAAUAAGCUGAAGGAAAAAUUCAAGUUAAUCCUACCCCAGCCACCAACCGAAAACUGUGUUGUACAAACAGACCACUUUAAAGUUAAAAAAGUCGCGCCAGGUCGCUGGGUAGAUAGGAACACUUAACAAAAACAAAUGUUUCUUUUGAAAAUUUAAAACCGUGUGAGGCGAGAUGUUUAUUUUGGAUUAAAACGAUUUAUCGGGCUGUUACAAUGAUAAAAUUCGUAACAUUUAAAGAAUGUAUGUACCAUCUGGCUAAACAUGGAUAGUUUUUUAUUACUCUUUUUUAGAAGGUACAAUUUUUAUACUACAAAUUUUCUUCAUUUUUGUAAGUUACAAGUUUAGAUAUUUCUGGCCUAAGUGGUGAUUCUGAAGUUUUGAAAUUUGUUUUAUUGCUUUCUUCUAGGCAACAUAAUACUUCGUCAGGCAUUCUCAAUUAGUCAUAUGUUAUUAAUGAUAUCUGCCUGUGACAAUAACGUUUACUCGUUAGCUUAAAGUGAUUAUUUUUAUAUAUAAAAGUUAAUUAUCGUCUAUAUCCUUUUUUAUUAUAUAUUAAUCUUUCUUUUUUUAAUUUGUUGACAUUGUUUGACAUUUUUCAUAUUUUGAUGUGUUUGUGAUUAAUUGCUUCUCUCAGUUAGUGCAGUAAGUUAUAUUAUUAUGCUUCAUAAAAUAUCGAAGUUUUGAUAACAUCAGAGUUAGCCAGAGAGUCAUAUGUGUGAAGAAUGGUUAGGUUUCUUUUAGACUGUUUUACUGAAACUUUGGUUUUAUAAAAAAAGAAGUAAGCUAUAGGACAUUAGUGAACUCAUCUCCAGUCUGAAGUAUGAUGAUUGGCUAUCAUGUUAUUGUCUAGGAAGUGUGCUGAAAUUGCUUAGUUAAAGAAUUUGAUGUUUAUUUCAGAAAUUGCUUACCUUGUUAGUUUUAUGGUCUACUUUAGAAUGUCUUGUCGUUAUAGAAACCAUUUGGUGACCAAACAAGAAGCCCUGAUGCGUGUGUUACAUGAAAACAAAACUAGGAAGAUUCAAACAGAAGAAAAACCCAUGACGGAUUGUCCCGUACGAAGAAAAUGGUUUUUUAAUGUGCAAGAAUACGCUGAUGUGAUUUGUGAUAGCGACACAAGUGAUGUUUUAUCUGAAGUCAGUGGCACUGCGACGGAGGGUGGUUAUUUAUCAGACGUGUCGGAGAGUUUGUUUACAUUACGUGAUAACGCCGAAAAAACAAAUAGCAGAAAACGAAGGACAAAAGGAGAGCUAGACAACAGGCGUCACUCUAAAUUAACGUCGACAUCCGAAACUGAUGAUUUUGACUCGUCUCCUAAAUUCGUUCGAAAAGUGAGAAAUAAAGAACCAAAAAACACAGCUAAUAAUUAUGAUUACAAAAACACGGACGAUGGUAAGCUUCUAUAUGCUUUAGAAGACGACUUACAGAAACGUUGCUCAUGGACCGAUUCUGGUGUAUCUUUGUCUAGAACUGACCAAUCUAGAUCGGGAACGAUAAGAAAUGAUAAAUCACCUUCCCCUCCCAAAUUAGAAUCGCCACGUGCAAGAAAUAUCAAUAGAGACCAAAUGAUCCGAAUCCGUCUUUUCCUAGCUGAUGAAAACCCUGAAGAUCUUGACGGCGAUUCGUCGUUUAAGGAAACGGAUGCUGGCGAAUUGUCCGAGAAAGGAUACUAUGAAAGCGAGACAAUUUUGGCACCGAAUUUUGUGAAACGACGAAAUAAAAACAAUGAGAAACAGGAUCACGAUUUUAAUAGAUUUUCAGUGAUUACCGAUAAAAGUUCUUUAACAAACGUCACAAUUUUAUCAAGAAAUCCAUCAAUAUCAUCCAUUAUAUCAUCUCUCAGUGAAUGUACGUCAGUGAAUUACACAACAUCUGCAACCGAAACAACUAAACAACCGGAAACCGAUGAAGAAAGUGCGGAGGAACAAAACGAAGAGAUAUCGGAGGAUAACUACGAAGACGUUAAUACAAUGAAAACUGAAAUUUCUAUUAAUACAAAAGAGACUCAAAUAGUAAAUCAGUUGAUACAAAAUGCAAAAAUGAUGGAGGAAAAGCAAGUUAGUAAUUUAAAGGAGAGUAAGCUUCCUAAUUUUCAUGGUCAGUCUUCCUGUGAAAAUCGAAAAAGAAGCAAAAGCAUUUUAUCAGGAUUAAAGAAAGUUAAAGCACAGUUAAAACCGAGAUUUUUAAGUUCAAAACAUUAUAAAGAUGCAUCGUCAGAAUUCUUAUACGCAAAGACGGAGAAAGAAAAGAACAAUGCCGCUUUUGAUGAAUUAACCGCUCAUGUUUUUGGAAAGCUAAAGCAACUUCAAGUAUCUGAAUCGAAUAAUUCCAUUUCAAGAGCGGUGAGUGAUUCGUCUUUACAUAAAAUACAGAACAGUUCAGCAGAUGAAUUGCAGAAGAGAGAGAAACAAAUGUUAGAAAAAUUAGGGUCCAGACCUUCUAAACAAAACAGUUUUUUAAAGAAAAUAUUUCGAAGGUCUAGGUCAUACUCCGCCGAACGAAUCAUGCAAAAGUCAAAACAAAAAGCUCUACCCAGUGAGUAUUCAAGUGCACAGUCGAUUCCUGAUCAACUUAAUACGACAAGAACAGACAAUGAACAAGUAAAUUCUUUCGAACACACUGGCUUUAAUCAAAUAUGUUCAUCGAAAAGUUCAAAUGACAUUGACUCUUUUAACCAAAAAUAUAUACCGUAUGAUCACCAUGUACGUUUACAACAUCGAGUUGAAUACUCCAGUAGUGAACAUCUUCCAAGUGUUCGAAGUUUAACAUCCAUAAAUGACGGCAGUUCUAGCGUAGUAGCAAAACCACGUGCAAAGAGUACGCCAAACACGCCGGUAACGAUCAGAUCGGCACCAAGUCCAUCUUAUGAAAUAUAUGGUUUGAACUCAUAUGAGAACGAUUGUGAUUGUGACGAAUGUAAAUAUGCAGAUUAUUUAGAUUUCUUAGCGUUUCAACAAUUUCGACGAAAUGGUGGAUUUAACAAUAUUUUUCAGCCUUCGUAUCACACGCCGUCGAGUUCAAAUUAUUACACAACCACGCCACCAUAUUUAAUGCAUGCCACGAAUUUACAAUCGUAUCCAAUAAACUUCGAACAUGAGAGUUUGUAUACAGAGAAACAAGACAAUAUUAUAGCCCCGCUUUCUGUAACUGUUGAAAAAGAAAGAGAAGCUAAAAAGUUCAAGACAGCCAUGUACGAUACAUUUGUAUAAUUCAAUUAUCUCUUACUUAUAAAUUUCACUGAAAAAAUUGCUUGAUAGAGCAAAGGUUGGAAUAUUUCAAUACAAACAUAAAGAUUGUAAGAAAUACCUUCAUUUAUUCAAUCAAGGAGGUUGAUUCAAAAAACAGAUAAUAAAUUUAUAACAAUUAAUAUCAAAUUUUGGUUUUGUUCUUUAGCUAUGUUUUUUCAGAGGUGUUCACGGCCAUUUUUGUUUAAAUAAACGGCCACUUAUAUUAUCGGUAAGAGGUAUCUUCUUACUUAUAAAAGGUGAGGGAAGGGAGGGAAGAGGGUACUCAGAAAGGGGACGUUACAUUUGAAUUUGUUCUAAAACAGCUUUUUUUCCGUCAAAACCUUUUUUCUGUAAGAAAAUUAUACAUAACUAGAGUAGUGAUAAAAAUUACAACAGUCUCCUUGUCA